AUGUCCGGAAGAGAUUUGACAAAAGAUGCAAGUAGCAGCACCACUGCCAGCUCCAGUAUGAGUUUUGGACAGUGUCGGUAUACAGCAGAUGAGUACCAGGCCAUCCAGGCUGCCCUGCGGCAGAGAUUGGGCCCAGAAUACAUCAGCAGCCGACAAGCUGGUGGAGGACAGAAGGUUUGCUACAUUGAGGGACAUAGAGUUGUCAGUCUGGCCAAUGAGAUGUUUGGAUACAAUGGCUGGGCUCAUUCAGUCACUCAGCAGAAUGUUGAUUUUGUUGAUCUAAAUAACGGCAAGUUCUAUGUGGGCGUCUGCGCCUUUGUAAAAGUCCAACUUAAGGACGGGUCAUAUCACGAAGAUGUUGGCUAUGGAGUAAGUGAAGGCUUGAAAUCUAAGGCCUUGUCUCUGGAAAAAGCAAGGAAAGAGGCAGUUACAGAUGGACUGAAAAGGGCACUGAAGUGCUUUGGUAAUGCGCUUGGGAACUGCAUCCUGGACAAAGACUACUUGCGAUCAGUGAAUAAGCUUCCCCGUCAGAUGCCCCCGGAUUUAGAUUUGGGCAAUGCUAAAAGACAAGACUUUGAGCCCGCUGUGGAGAAGGCCAGAUACAGUAGCUGUUUACAGAAGGAGCACGAAGACCAGCAGCAGUUUGCCACUACUACUUCCGGCAAAUCUGACCAAUCAGAACUUUUACUGAGCACUUCUGAACAAGAUCCGGAAAACAGCAGAGUUUCACUGCCCUCGGCGGGUGAUGCCACAUACCAGCGGAAAUUACGGCAGAAGCAACUGCAGCAGCAGUUUAGACAGCAGAUGCAGAAGAAAGAGCAGAUCAAAUCAAAUGUUCCAGCUGGUCAGGCUAGCAACCAAGCUCAUAAUGUUUCUCCUACAAAGCACAGUACUGCAGCCCAUCUGGAACCCACUUUGGAAGAGGAGUUCCUUGUAGAUGACCCUGGGCUCUGGGACUUGCCCUUGGAGGCCACUGACCCCAGCGUUACCAAUCACAACGCAGCACCUAUGCCAGUCCAGCAUCCAGGCCAGCAUCAGAUGACGACUCACAACAGAACACCUCAAAGAAUAAGCCAUAAAAGAUUAUAUGCAAAACCUGAACCUGGCCAGGCAUCCAUUAGUCCCAAACCUUAUUCACCAGCAGGAAGAAGGAGUCAAGGUAUGAAGAAGAGAAGAUUAGAGCCCUCUUAG